GAAGCAAUGAAUUAAAUGGUCUGGGCCUUUCCAAAGCAAAGCUCCCAUAAAUCAUAAUCGAAGUGGAAAUUGCGUAUGGGGGCUAGCAUGGAGUGACAAACACUUGAACCCUCCUUGUAGUUAUCUCAUUUUCUUGAAAAAGGAAGAGUCUUUAAUCUUGUUUACAUUUAGGGCAGAAUGGAAGCGAGUACUCAUCCCAGCUCCGACGGAGUUGGAGCUGAAAUGGUGGGCGCCGGCUCGAAAUCCGGCAGGGGGAAGACCGUUCCUUGUGAUUUCUGUAACGACCAGCCGGCUGUGCUCUUCUGCCGAGCCGACGCCGCUAAGCUCUGCCUCUUCUGCGACCAGCACGUGCACGCCGCCAACGCGCUGUCCCGGAAGCAUCUCCGGUCGCAGAUCUGCGACAACUGCGGCGCGGAGCCGGUCGCCGUCCGGUGUUCCAGCGAGAAUCUCGUCCUGUGUCAGGAAUGCGAUUGGGACGCCCACGCUAGCUGCGCCGUCUCCGCCGCGCACGAUCGGAGCCCCGUGGAGGCGUUCUCCGGCUGCCCGGUCGCGGCGGAGCUCGCCGGCAUUUGGGGGUUGGAAAUUGAGGAGAAAAAAUCGAAUCAAUUGCCGGGUCCGAAUCCCACCUGGACCGGGUUGCUGGACCCCUGGAUGCCCAAAGAAAUCUCCCCUUCAGUUCUGUUACAAGACUUAAUGGUCCCUAGUAACAACCCGGUGGUAUAUUCCAAUCCGGCCGGCGGCUGUGAGCCCAGCAAGAAGCAGACCCCGAGCUGCGGGAAGAACAAACCGGUGAUACUAAAACAACUGGUGGAGCUGUUUAAGCGGGAAGCGCUGGACGGCGGCGCCGCCGCCGGAGGAGAGGAUAUUGUGCCAAGAACGCCAAAUGGGGGCGGCAGUGGUUGGCAGGGGAAUGCGGCGGACGGCGGCGAUGGGGCUGCGGCGGCGCUAAACCACCACUUCCAACCAGAACAACAACAACCUCAAAAUGUGCCCUUUACUUCCUUGCUUAUGAUGCAGACUCCCAUGAAAGAAAAUGAUCGGAUGGUCGAAGGGAACAUGUUAUGGAACAACGCCUCUCGUGAUCGCAGUCCUCAGAUAUGGGAUUUUAACCUCGGGCAGUUGAGGGACCAUGAUGAAUCUAGCCCGAUAGAAGUGGGCUAUGGUGCGAAUGAUGUGGCGUAUAUGAUGAAAAGCUAUAGUGAACUCCUAAAAGAAGCAUCCUUGGCAAACCCGAAGGGAUCAGAACUCUCUCGAAUGAACUUCUCAGUCACUCAUGAGGACCUAGCAGCUUUCGGUAACGUUUCUAAUAACCCAACAGCAAGCCAAGGGCCAGCUACAUCGGAGAGCAACAACAUACCAAGAUUACAGCCUCCUUUGGUUUCGGGUUACUCUAAACCGAAAUGCCACUCAAAAGACAUUCAUUUUAUGGACCAGACAAUCUUAGUGGACAGCGAAAGCGCAACACCAUCAAUGACAAAAGCCGAUAUGGAGAUGCUCGUGAAAAACAGAGGAAAUGCAAUGCUACGGUACAAGGAGAAGAGGAAGACAAGGAGAUAUGACAAACACAUCCGAUACGAAUCAAGAAAAGCGAGAGCUGAUACCAGGAAGCGGGUCAAGGGUCGAUUUGUGAAGGCUGCUGAAGCUCCCGAUGGAUGAUUCGUCGUGUUUUAUGUACUCCAUGACUCGUCUUAAAUCUUGUAAUCCUUUUCGAUGUUUGUAAAUAUUUCUUUACUGCUGUCUGCUUAUAAUUGUAAUCUUUUGUAGGCUCUUAUAUCAUACCAAUUAUUAUUAUUAUUAUUAUUAUUAUGAUUAUGAUGAUUAUUAUUAUAU